GUUUAUUCAGUUGUAAAAUAGUUGUCAAAGAUGGAGGUCCGUGGAUUAUUUUGCUGCCAGAUUAUUGUGUUUGGAAUUGCAUUAUUGGUUCAGAAUUGUGUGGGGUUUUGUUUUCGAGCAAACUUGAUGGCUGAGAUGACUGUAUCAAGAAGACUACGCUAUUAUUGUGAAUACAAACCGUUGCAGGGUUCGAGCAUGCGGCUUUUCCCAGGCUCGAACUUGUACCUGGUAGAUCAGUGUUUGGACUGUAAAUGCACUAUGGACGGACUUCAGUGCUGCGGAUUUGGACAUGCAGGAGGAGCUAUCGCGUUUAGGAAAGACUGUAAGAUGUUACUUGAUGGAUGUCAGCCUCUAAUAGUGAAGAAAGACAAUCAUACAUUAGACUGUUUCACAGGUAAACCCAUCAACAUAACAGCCUUGUCAGAACAGCUUCCUCAUCCAGAUAACAUGUAUAUAUUUGAAACUUUUAAAACUCCCGAACAAACGCCAGCAGAAAAUGUCACACCUCCUGUAGAAGCACCGCCUCCAUUGAUAACCACAACUAUAUCACCGAACCAAUCAGCUUCUUCGACAUCAUUAGCCACUCCUACAACGAACGCAACAGAAACGAAAGGACAUGCACUAAUCUCCAGUACAUCAAAUACGCUAGCCUCAACGCCGCCAACCAUCCAAGAAACAACAACAGCCGGCGUACCAGCAACAGAUGCAGUUGCAAUAACAGCUACCGCAGACCAACAAUCUCCUCCCCAAAAUAACAUCCUCCGACCUACUUUUGCAGACUAUUUGCAAUAUCUAAUGUUUACAAGAAACACAGCGCCGGACUUCUCUGGACAGUCUUUAUUCCCGCCAUAUUUAAAUACAGGAAGUAAUGUGCGAGAAACUUCAUUUCUGCCCGCGCAGCCGCCUCAGCAGCAACCAAAUAACUUGUGGCAGCCAGAUUACUUUUUGCCCUGGUUUUGGUUUUUAUAGACUGUGUUAACUUGCCAUAAAUGAUGCAUAACUUCAUCAAACUAUAUCAGGGACAUAUCCUGGCUAUGAUGUCAAAGAAAUAAAUCUCAAGUUUUUUUGGUUAAA